AUGUCCGCACCAAGUCACGACGACCUUCUCGACCCCAACCUCGCCUUACCUAGUCAAACUUCAUCAAUUUAUACAAAUUUUACCGACUCAUCGUUGCACGACAUUUCUCCUUCAAGCGAAGAUCCUGCUGUAAAUCCAUCCUCAAGUCAACCUUCAACUAUAUCGGCAGACUUGUCAUUUUCCACUUCCAAAUCGGCGCCACAUCCGUGCAAAGUUUGCGGGGUUAAUGCUUUCUUUUUGUGCAGGGCAUGUGGGUUUGAUGGACCACGAUAUUGUUCAGAGAAAUGUCAAGAGGAAGACUGGAGGGGCGAGCAUCAUUCGAAAUGUAAAGCGAAAAAGAAAUCCAAUACAGAUGAACAUAUGGACGAUUCUCGUGAAGGGGGAAGUAGCGAGGGUAAAAGUACAGGCCAUAAGGGAUUGACGAGAGGAAAUAUUGCACAAAUUAUUAAUGCUAAACGGAGGCGAAACAAUUCUCGUGAGGGAACUUCAACCGGUGCUGGGGAACAGUCCGCGGAAGCUUCAUCAUCGACAGCCGUUUCAGAAGAACUUUCGGAUAAGCAGGCUGAAGAGUUUAGAUUUUACAUACAACAGGUUUAUCGAAUACUAAAACCUGUUGUUUUAUGUAUAUGUCUAUCAGUAUUAUGGAUCAAGAUAUCGUACCAAAUGCCAGGUUCUAGUCAACAAGGAUCUGUUACAUAUUUUUCAUCGGGUGGUUCGUCAAGCUCAAAGGAUAUACUUGACUCAUUUGUGACUGCAGCGAUAAUAAUAUCACAAGUUAUUGUCGCUACUUUUGCACUAGUAUGCUUGUUUAAAUACGGACAUAUGAAGAUUCUGAAAGGAAUCUUGGUGAUUACAGUUAUUCUACUCCUCGGAUUUAUGGGAUAUCUUCUAUUUGAGAACAUAUUACAAGCCUUUUCCGUACCGUUAGACUAUGUCACAUUUAUCUUUGCUUUAUGGAAUUUUUCGGUCGUUGGGUUGAUAUCAGUAUUCUGGAAAGGUCCUUUACUCUUACAAAAAAUAUAUUUAGUUGUUAUGUCUAGUUUAACGGCAUUCAGUCUCUCUCAGCUAUCAGCAUGGACAACUUGGAUUCUGCUAGGGUUACUAGCAAUUUGGGAUUUAAUUGCUGUAUUAUGUCCUUUUGGGCCAUUAAGGAUCUUGGUUGAAAGCGCUAAAGAAGAAAAACGUGGACUUCCUCCUGCACUACUAUAUACAGUCAACGCCAUAUGGCUAAUGGCGUCUCCAGAUUUGUCGAUUACGGUACGCCGUACUUCUUCAACCCCUGAUCACUUCCAAGCUUCACCACCGUUAUCAUCUGCAUCUACUUUUCACAUGCGCCAACUGAGCACCGAGACUGGAGAACAUAUACCAUUAUCCGAAAAUCCAAGACAUUCUAAUAACAGUAUGAUUAACGACGAUACUAUAGUACAAAGUGACACUGUAAUUACAGAGAACACUGGCAACAAUAACGAGGCAGGGAGUGGAUUGAAACUUGGGUUGGGUGAUUUUGUAUUUUAUAGCGUAUUAGUUGCUCGGGCAGCAAUGUUUGACUGGAUAACUACAAUAUCCUGUGCAGUGGCAAUAUUAACAGGUCUAAAUGCUACCAUAUUCCUAUUAGCCAUUUAUCAGAAAGCACUGCCAGCCCUCCCGAUAUCCAUUGCUCUUGGAUUGAUAUUUUUUUUCCUUUCCUCAAUAAUGUUAGUCCCAUACACGACUACACUUGGCCUUGCUCAAGUCUUUGUGUGA